ACCUGAAGAAGAAUCUGAUCAGCACGGUGGAGCCUGGAGCCUUCAGGGGUCUUCUGGCCUUAAGGAAACUGAAUUUAUCAGGAAACAUCUUCUCCUCUCUGACAGACAGACUCUUCACACACCUGUUGGCUCUCAAAGUUCUACACUUCGCCUCAGACUCGUUGUUCUGUGACUGUCAGCUGAGCUGGCUGCUGCUCUGGGCUCAGCACAACUCUGUGAGGAUCGGAAACCAGACCGUCUGCGCCCACCCGGCCCACCUGCACGGCCUGGAGUUCCACAGGCUGCAGGAGCAGCAGCUGACCUGUGCGAAGUCGUCCUGUCCAACAUUGAUGUGGCCGUCAGCGGCAGCUGGGAGUGUCUGCUGACUUCUUCCAGAGGAAACAUGUCCAGGCAAAUGGAAAUCGUUGUAGUGGAGACGUCAGCUCCGUACUGCCCGGCUGACAGAGUCACUAACAACAAGGGAGACUUCAGGUGGCCGAAGACGCUGGCCGGUCUCCUGGCCUUCCUGCCGUGCGCCCCUGCGGCCCUCGGUUCUGCCGGCGCCGCUCAUGGCUCCGCCCCCAGGGAGAAGAAGGCGUGGCGGCGGUGCGAUCGAGCCGGGCGCUGGGCCGAGGACGACUACACUCAGUGUCCCUACGCCAGCGAGCUGACUCGAGUGUUGCACGAGCUCACACAG